UUAGACUUGACGGUGUUAAACGUUUCAUUAUAAUGGCUGUGAAAAAAUCUUUGCUUCUUUGUGAAUUACUUUUAGUUCUUAUUUUACUGCUUGAUACAAGUUUCGGGAUGACAAGGCAGCAACUGAAAAACUCAGGGAAGCUUAUGAAAAAGUCUUGCAUGCCCAAAAACGAUGUCACGGAAGAGCAAGUGGGUGAGAUCGAACAGGGAAAGUUCAUAGAAGACCGGAAUGUGAUGUGUUACAUUGCCUGCGUCUACUCUAUGACACAAGUCGUAAAAAAUAAUAAGUUGAGCUACGAAGCAGUUCUGAAACAGGUGGACAUGAUGUUCCCGCCUGAAAUGAAGGACGCGGUAAAGGCUGCGGCGACGCACUGCAAGGAUAUUGCUAAAAAGUAUAAAGAUAUAUGUGAAGCUUCUUACUGGACUGCAAAAUGCAUGUACGACUUCGAUGCUGAAAACUUCGUGUUCCCGUAGACUCUUACUAAUAUGAUUGUUCAUGGGAACAUUACAACACAG